GGGGCGGUAGGGGUGGAUCGCAUCGGGUAGUCAGGUAUAUCGCAAAGAGGUAUCUGUCAAGUAAGAGAACAGAGUUAAUCGUUGCACCCAUUAUCCAAUUUUUAUCUGUCAUAGCACAGACAUGUACCCGGACCACUGCAGAUCAUAGUAUCGUCAGACGGAGUUUAUUCCACCCGUAAAAAGACAUCCAUCACCCGGCGUUUCCAAGGCGACAACAGAAUGAUCUUCACAGUCACACUUCUCUUGGCUACGACAAUCGGCAACAUUGUGGAUAUUACAUGUAAUGAGUUAUCUACACAGAAAAUUCCAGUUGUUCUUCCAGACGACUUGAACACUGCUUCCUCGUGUGAUUUUCCGGAGUCUUUUGAAGUCCAGCUUCAGUCCCAGCAACCUUUUCGUGUGACUUUACGCUAAAGCGAAAUGAUUGGAUCGACGUCGACGCUCCUGUUUACAUCAACAACCACGCGUCACGUGACGUCGCCUUCAUCUCGCAGCCAGCAGUCAAAGUGAAAAGAACUGCUGCUUAUCAAAGCUCUGACUUUGGAGCCUAUUUCCUCGUACGAUGUAAAGAGAACAGAUACGAAUUGGAAGGAACUAUUUAUUUAGACGGAAGGAAAUAUCGCCUUGCUCCUUCAAGAGAUGCUGGCGCUACAGUCGACACAGUCACCAAGGUAUCUUGGUAUGACGUCACAGAGGUCAAAGACAUGCCACAAACGGAUAUAUCCAUCAAAAGACCGGUGCUGGGAGGAUCACCACAAUGGCUGGAGCAGGAGGUGGACACAGAGAGAGUUCUGAGACGGAAGAGGGACUCCACCAAAACUGAGUACUACCUGGACAUCAUUGUUGCCCUAGACUACAGCUUCUACAAGUACUGGCUGAAUCGAGCAAACAAUGUGGAAACAACUGCAGUGACGAACAUGAAGGAGUACAUCGCUUAUAUCUUCAACGGGAUCAAUGCCCGAUACAAAUCGAUCACAACUCUUCCUUUUAACAUCAACAUUUUACUGCGGGGAUAUGUUAUCGCCAAGAACGCAAGCGACUCGCCGUGGACAGAAGAAAUAAAAGAGACGAGCUCUGACAGGGUUCAGGUCAACGCGAUCACGAUGUUGUCCAGGUUACAGGACUACGUCAAGACCAAAAGUAACCUGCCGUCGUGCGACCACGUAGUAGGAUUUACAGACUAUGACCUGUUCAGUGAUGACAGCGGCUUCCGAUUCAAUAAUACAGCAGGUUUUGCUAACGUGGGAGCCAUGUGCUACCCUAACGGCGCUAGCGUCUCCGUUGUGGAGGACCAUGGCGGGUAUCAAAGCGAGACAACUGCUACACACGAGCUAGGACAUAGCCUCGGUGCCCUGCACGAUGGAAACGGAAACAACUGUUCGUCUGCCGACAGAUAUAUCAUGUCUACAGGAUCGCAACUGGAAAACGAUGCCAACAAAUACAAUCCUUGGCACUUCUCUAACUGCUCUAUUCAGUAUUUCCAGAACUUCAUUAACAAACUCAUCGCCGACAAGUUGGAGAACACUUGUCUGCAGCAGAAGUUGGGUCAGCAAGAUGUACCCACUGUCGCAGGGCUACCCGGGUACCUGCACGGUCCUGAUGAACAGUGUCGACAGAUCUACGGAAACGCCUCCUACCUCUGUCGGGGUACAGCGUUUACAGCAAACCCAGAGGACAUCUGUGUUGCAAUGUUUUGCCAUCUGCCCGACACCAAUCUGUCCUGCGCCCUGACCACUGCUGCCUCAGGCACGUGCUGCAAUACUGGCAAGUGGUGCAUAGACGGUCAGUGUGUGAAGUCUCCAAACGCCACAUCCUGCUACAUGAGUGCCUCCUGUCCCUUUGGCCAGAGGCAAGGUGUGGUCUUCGAUGGCAGAAGGUGCGAUGAGCUGGAGUCAGGCUACUGCUACCAAAGCGCCCUCCGCGGGAUCUGCUGCGAGAUGUGCGACAAGCAGUUUAGGAACAUUACAGGCUGCCAAUAUGGAGAUAAAGUUACUGGGUGUCGUAGUGAUUACUGCGACACCGCUGACAAAAAGGAGGAGUGUUGCGGGACAUGCAGCUACCAAACCUCGCCAUCAACUCUACAUACUACAGCGCUACCUACAUCGAACCGCACCACCACUACUAACACGACAAAAACGAGUUCACAAGCCAACACCACCACUAAAACCACAAAAACAAGCUCAGCAGCGAACCCCACCACCACUACUACCACGACAAAAACGAGUUCAUCAACGACACCGACGACAACAACGGGAAUCAAGACAACCACCCGAGGAAGUUCAACAAACCCCCCAACCGUCGCUAUCCCAGUGGUCACGUGCCGCAUUAUACCGGACUUGAGCCGAUCUGUGGGGCCGGGUGCAUCAUGCAAAGCUUGUUUAUAACUGUCGUGUUCACUGUGGCAGCAAAGCUGCUGUCAACAUUUGCAUCCCUCUAACCCUCGUUCACACCACCUGUCCUCGUGUGUGUCAACCUGUUCAAGACACGUUCACGAACGGUCAACAAGAUUGUGGGGCUAACCCAAGCAUGAGUUCAGCGGCUUGUGGGGUCAGCUGCGACUAACAGCGACAAAAAAAGGCGAAAGGACCAUCAACAGCUUGGUCCAUGGGUUCGUCACAGUUUAGUGGGUACACUAGUAUCAACUGUGUGGACGUAUAAAGAGCCGAUAGAAGAGAUGAGUGGACUGUGUCUUUCUUCUCCAACGGUAAUGCUCAUUGACAUCAUUCAACCGUGCAAUCGUACUGGUCUUCAGCGAUCGCUUUAUUACAUCGGUCUGUUUGUCUGUCUGUUUGUCUGUCGGUCGGUCGGUCGGUCGGUCGGUCGGUCGGUAGCUCGCUCUGUCUAUUGCUCAUUUUGACACUUUGUUUUGAAAUUAUUUUGGGGUUUUUUUUCAUGGUAGGGUCGUAGGGACUGUUUGCUUCAUUGUAUGGUUGACGGUUUGUAUGCAAUCUUCCAUGUCCAGUGACUGAGCUGGUAUCGGGUAAUGCACUUUACACAUCCUAUUAUUAUUAUCAUUAAUUCUAGUAGUAGUAAGGAGGACAUAACUGAUUUGUGUACACGAUGUGACACGCACAUUACGUUUGCUCACAUUACAGAUCCUCAUUUGUACCACAUCCAA